GGGGAGGGGAAGGGAAGAGCGAGUUCGAGCCGCCGCCGUCGUGACGGGCCGGGAGCGCGGCAGGAGGAGGCGAACGGGACCUCCGCGCGGCCCGGCUCCUCACGGGGCUCCCGGACUGCGCCGGCCUCCAGUAAGUGCUCGGGGCCGGGCGGAGGGCCGAGGUGGGGCCGCCUGAGGCCCGGCCCGACCCGACCCGAGGGUGCGGCGGCGUUCUUCCUGCCGUGCGAGGCAGGCGCUGUCCUCCGCCUUUGCGCAGCGCUUCGUCCGAUCGCCUCGGGCUUCUCUCUUCCCCUCUUUUAUGAUUACUAUUUUUUUCAAAUAUCAUUUGGUUUUUAACUUCCUCUUGAAAUCUUGGCUCUGGUGUGGGGAUCUCCGAGCGCUUCACCUCGAGGGGAGUGUACAAAAGGCGAUGGCACCAUCGCCCCGGUGAGCGUUUGAGGGCUCAGUCACAUCCCCAGCGUGUGAUGUUCUGGGUCAGAAAUGCCUUAUGUGGAUCGUCAGAAUCGCAUUUGUGGUUUCCUAGACAUUGAAGAAAAUGAGAAUAGCGGGAAGUUCCUGCGGCGGUACUUCAUUCUGGACACGAGAGAAGACAGUCUGGUCUGGUACAUGGAUAACCCCCAGAAUCUUCCCUCUGGGUCUCCACCUGUUGGAGUCAUUAAACUUACCUAUAUUUCAAAGGUUAGCGAUGCAACUAAGCUAAGGCCAAAGGCAGAGUUCUGUUUUGUUAUGAAUGCAGGGAUGAGAAAAUAUUUUCUACAAGCCAAUGAUCAGCAAGACCUAGUAGAAUGGGUAAACGUUCUGAACAAAGCUACCAAAAUCACAGUACCAAAGCAGUCUGAUCCUCUGUGUCAAAUGGAUAAUGCAAACCGUCAAGCUGAAAGCCCAGGUGGAAAGAAGCAAGUGUCUUACAGGACAGAAAUUGUUGGUGGUGUUCCUAUCAUUACACCUACCCAGAAAGAAGAAGUCAACGAGUGCAGUGAAGGAGGUGAUAGGAGUUACCUGAAACGAUCACAAAGUCACCUUCCUUAUUUUACUGCUAAACAUCCCCCAGAUAAUGCUAUUAUCAAAGCUGGCUACUGUGUAAAACAAGGAGCAGUGAUGAAGAACUGGAAAAGAAGAUACUUUCAGUUGGAUGAAAACACAAUAGGAUAUUUCAAGUCUGAACUGGAGAAGGAACCUCUCAGAGUUAUACCACUGAAAGAGGUCCAUAAAGUUCAGGAAUGCAAACAAAGUGAUAUAAUGAUGAGAGACAAUCUCUUUGAAAUUGUAACUACUUCUCGAACCUUUUAUGUACAGGCGGACAGUCCAGAAGACAUGCACAGUUGGAUAAAAGCAAUUUCUGGGGCCAUUGUAGCACAGAGGGGACCUGGAAGAUCAGCAGCUUCCAUGCGGCAGGCCAGAAGGCUGUCGAAUCCUUGUAUACAGAGGAGCAUACCGAGUCUUCUUCCGAACCCAGCCAUGCUCUCCGUUCUGCCCUCCCAGCCCCAGCCACCUCACAUUCCACAGCCACUCACAACAGCCCUCUGGUCCCAAACCCUCACGCCAAAUACCCUGCCUUGGAGAAGCGAGGAUUUCACGAAUCUUUUACCAAGGCCAAGCCAGGGAGCUACAAGAUCCAGGCUGUCUCUCCAAGAGAAUCAGCUGCCAAAGUGACUGAACAGGGCCUCUCGGAACCCCAAAGCAAAAAUGGCACUCAGGAACAGGAUCCUGGCCUUGUGGAUCUGGAUGACGCAAGCCUUCCAGUUAGCGAUGUGUAAUGAUGGAAGUGUUUGGAGAAUGAUCCAUUUGUUCGGUCCUCUAAUUUCCUUGCUCAGACUUUUAACCAAAGAAAAUUACAGGAAAUAAGAACAAAAAUAAAAACAAACACUGAUUUAUAUAUGUAUAUAUAUAUAUGUAUGUGUAUUUAUGUACACAUAUGUGUAUAUAUAUGUUUGUAUAUUGCCUUUCAGCUGAGGGUCAAAAGUGGACCUCAUGCGUUUUCUCAAAGCCUGAUAAUAAAUCACCAGGGAGGGGCCAAACUGCACAAUUUACAAUGAAGUAAACAAAAGACAAAACCAGAAAUGUACUUCUGCAGGUUAGCAAGGUACCAGCAACUUUUCAUUCCCAAUCUGGCAAACUAAAUUUACAAUUACUGCUGUGUUGUGAAAACCUUAUUGCCAAAAGAUGUGAUUGCUUAACUUCAUUCUGAACUACAGUAAGAUUUUAUGCAUAUAUGAGAAUUGUUUCUCUCCAUAGCUUUCAGAUAGUAGGAAAUGCACAAAAUGUUUCUUCUGUUCUUUAGGAUCAACAGUGUCAACUGAAUUGUUAUCAGAAUAAGAAUUCUGGGCUCCCUUGGAAUUCUAGUUAUGGUGCUGAAAACUUUCCACUAAAAUAAUAUUUUGAAUAGUCUAUUUUUGAUGCACUCCUAAAGGUGGGUUAUAACUUUUUGCACAUUUGGAUUUUAAUGGACUGCAUGUAAUGUUGUUUUGGAGUGGGGGAGGAGGGAAAUUGGACUUCUGAAUUUGGACACUUUGGACCUUUUGAGCUAAGUAGGGUUUAUAUUGUGUUACAUGAGGCUUUGCAGUAAUUAUUUUUAUUAAAUGUCUAAACGUAUCGUUUGAUUACUGUUCUGAGGAUGGUUUUCUUAUCAGUGCUUCGUGAACAGUUGUUUCUGUGUUGGAUCAGUGGAAGACCUCCUCAUUUAGUUUUGUCCUUAUUGGUACUGAACUGUUCACAGUCAUGCAAUUGUGGCCUAUAACUUUUGGUGCACUAAUAAUCUUAAGUGCCUGUGUUUUUUCUCACGUUGUUGAAACACUUUCACGUUAGGUAUGUACACAAACCAUUCUCGAUGGCUUUGAACCUUGGGUUGAGAGUUGUUCUGAAUAGUGUUGUUUGAAACGGCUGUUUAAAAAUAGAGAACUUAUGCUAGGGAUACCAGGGUUCUGGUAUUGCAUCUACUAGCUGUGCAAUAUAUGUUCUUGGGAAAGAGAAAAUGAAUAUUUGUCGUUUGUGUACACUGUGUUAUGGGGCUUCAGUGGUGCAAAUGGGAAGAACCUUUACAUUUCAAGCAUUGGGUUAGAUUGAGUGUGUACUUCUCAUCGUUUUUGGAAAACUGUUUGUUUUAAUCAAAACCCCACAAAUACGUCAUGCUGCUGCUUACUGUGAUUCAGAUAGUCCAGCUUUGUGUUACUUUUUUGUCUACUCUGACCUAAGAUACAUAUCAUACCGGUCCAUCUUCUCUCUGACUUCCAAACUGACUUCCUGCCUGAGAGAUACGGAUGGCUUUACGGUGAUAAUUUGUUGAUCCAAGGAUGGAAUAAUUGGUGUCAUGUAAGAGUGAAAUAUAGCCUAAUUUCAGAACCUUAAGUUAUGUCAGCACCUUCAUUUUUUAUCCAUAAGCUAACUAACCACAGUCUUAAGGCGGUGGUGUUUGUAUAUUACUGGUUUUCUUUGACUCUUUAAAUACAUGUGAAAACUAGCACAGAAUUGGAAGCUUCUGUAAGUGUCUAAACUAGUAUGGUAGGUUUUAACUUCUUUAAAGACAAAACAAUAGCUCUUCAAAGGCUUAUUUUUUCACGAGUACAUUCGGUGUGGAAGACACUUGGCAUUAAAGUAUUUUUACUGUAGUCUAGCAUCUGAAAUCACUUGCUCUGGUACAGCUUUCACACUGCAUGUUCCUUUACUAUAUUUUGGUAUUGGCAAUUUUACACAUUGGGUGGAGGUGAAGCAGCUCCAUUAUAUGGGACUUUUAAAAAGAGGGGGAGGGGGGCAACAGAAAGAACUACUGAUGUCACUCAGUAGAAUAGGGAAAUACUUGUGGUUGGUAAUUGUCAGGGUCUCCUAUUUAUCAGUACUUUUAUAAAUCUAUGAAAAUUGUUAAAUUAUUUUAGAAACAGUGCUGUAAAUAUGUCACAUUUAAAUUGUCAAUAAAUCACUUUGGGUAACUUAAAGUAA